GUUUAAGAGGCAACACCAGCAGGAACAAUAGCCACCUUAUACGCUUCUUUUUCCACUCGGAGCUUCCGCGAAAUGGAUUUUUCUGACGUUUUGAUACAAGAACAAGUGCUAAAUCAAAUAGUAUGAUAAAAUUUUUGGUUCGUCUUCGUUUUUUCAGCGCAUGAAAUUUGAUUCUUAGUUUUUUGCUUCUACUUGGACGAUAACGAUUGAUAUAGACACACAGCGUCCGACUGUAAAGCUGUUCAAUUUACGCAUACUACGUUUUUUUUACAUAUUGAAGUAGAAACAUAGAAGAUACAUUUACAUUUACAGAGCAUGGUAGUACUAGAAGGAGCUCUACUGGAGUAUUGAUUCAUUGUGCUAAAAAUUGUCCAAAAAUCCAUCCAAUCAUCAUUAUGUUUGAUCCGAACGCGUCUGCGGAUCUGAGUGCCCUCGACCGCGACGUCGAGGCCCAGCUCGCUGCCCUUGGUUUUAACUCCAAGGAUACCGAUGAUGCAGCCGCACUUUUGGAUGCAGCUGACGACCUGGAGGCACAAAUAGCCGACUUGUCGGAUGAAGAGGCGGAUGAACUGCUUGCCGGUGGACUGUCAGACGACGAGGAGUUGAAGCAACUUGUUCAAGGGGAGGGGAAGAAGAAAAGAAGGAGUCCACCUACGUCGAGUGCAAGUUCUACUUCGCCUCCUGGUCCUCCAGCAACUACUACAACAUCACAGGAGGAGGUCCAGCAACCUGUAGAGGCUGUGGUCUACCGAACUGCGGAAGAGGAAGCUGAGCAUGCAGCGGCUUUGGCAGACCUUCUAGGAAACGACGAGGACUACGGUCCGUUCUCGUUUGAGGAGGUGGAGCUGUGCACCUCAGUGGAGUGGAUGGAGUCUCAUGAUGUUUUAGAAUGGUGGUCUGCGGAGCUGCAGGAAAAACGCAGAGGGUUGUUAGGAAAAAUCGAUACGAUUGUGCUAGAGAAAAAGCAAGUGAGUGCACAGAAACAAGGUCCUUCUAAAACGUCUUCUCCUAGCUUUGCGCCUAGUGGAAGAACUACAGAUCAGACCGCAGGUGGAGGAAAGAACACGACUAAAGAACAUCAAAACAACCUCCUGAGAAGUAACCAAAACAAGACGUCAUCUCCGACCACAACUACAACUGGAACUCCUAGAACGACUCCUAAUGCAGCCAGUGUCAAAGAACAAUUGGCGAAGGAGGAGAAGGAACUGAGGCAGCAAGUAGAGGAUCUAGAAUUCGAGAUCGACGGUGUCAAAAUGAAACUCAACAGUCUACAAGCAGACAUCCAGUGUGGAAAUAUUACCAAGGGAGACUACGAACAGAAGGUUCGCGAGCGAAUGGAAAGAGAUCGGAAAUUGGGAGAGUGGUAUUUUAUUUACUCAUACACAGAGUAGACAGAGGCAGAGCUCCUGCAGAAGCUUAAGAAUAUUUUUUUUUCAUCCAUUUUUUCAAACACGCCCACUACUUUUUAAGAAUAUUUUUUUUUUCAUCCAUUUUUUCAUCCACCCCCACAACGAACUUUCAGGUUUGUUUCCCACGAACGUCCUACCGACGCAAAGCAUUGUCUUCGACGUUGCGAAGUGGCGAAGGCAGAGUUUGUCGCGGCAGAGCCUGUUGAUGAGCGCACUCGUGUCCUCCUCCUCCGUGAAAUGGACAUGCGUGUUCUGGCCUACAAACAAGGCGCACAACGUUGGGUCUCCUUUCUACACGCCUGGCGCCAAUCGAAAUGGGCGUUAACACAUGCUAAGACAUUGUCAGCUCACGCCAAGACUCUAGAGGGGCUUCGUGACGAGAUAGAAGAUGACACAGCGGUCAUUUCGAGGCGGUAUCUACAGAGUCUCCAAUCUCGGAUGCCACCAACAUUCAAUCGGGCAGUGUUGAUGGGUUUGCCGGAAACGGAACGUCAAAAGCAACUGCAGGAAUUGAGAGAGCGAUUCGUGAAGCAAGAGGAAACGUUGAGAGAACUCAGUCGAGAAGCUUUGGCUUCGGCAAAUAGUUGUGCGGCAGCCGCUUCAGGUACUGCGACGUCGUCUUCGUCCACGUCGCAAACAAACAGUGCUGGAGUUGGUAGUGAGAGUGCUGGGAAGACGUCCAAAACAUCGAACGCAAAGCCCGCGAAGAAAGCAGCAGGAGCGUCGUCAGGUGGUGGUGCCGCUCAAGGCGCAUCCAGCGCAACCGCAGGUGACACCGACGGCACAGCCGCAGCCGUGCCUCCAGCGACCGCUGCGCAGAUGCGCGAGCUAGCAGAGGAGCGGAAACGGCAAGCUGUUGCGCUUCACCAGAACCGCAAGGGCAGCGCAGCUGCGGUCUCCUGGUGCGACACAGCAUUGAAAGAUCCAGAGCAGAUGCUUCCUCUGGUCACCGAGGGUGAAGUUUUGUUUAUGCGAGAAGUCGUUCACGAAGAGAUCGGUCCAGACCAAUUGGAGAUCAAGUUGUCGCAUGACGGCAAAUCGAGGCCGUGGUGGGAUUGGGAGAACGCCUAUUUCAAGCUAGAUUUUGGGUUAGGCAAGGAAGACACAGCUGGCCGUACGAUUCCCAUGGGGGGCAAGACGAAUGAUUGGACCGCCUGUUUCCCAUUUCCGGAUUUUGGACACCGAAAUACGAAGUCUCUCACGAUGUUGCAGCACAAAAUCAAGCGAGCUCGAUUUUCCUUCGAGAUCUGGCGACCGAGGACCAUGGCUUUUAUGAUGGGUCAUAGGCCUAUUGGGCAUUGCACAAGAGGACUCAAGCUCAGCGGCCUUCUUACAGACGUGGAGACGGAAGAAGGCUGUGUAGUGUCAGCAGAAGCGGAUGAUCGACAGUACUACAACUCUCUAAAAAUUUCCACUUGUCAUCGCUUACAAAUUUCGAUACUGCCUUACCGCAAAUUUCCUACUUUUCAGAACAACUGAGGCUGAAGAUCGAUCUAUGAAAAUGUCAUGAAAAUGAUCUGCUAUCAAAAUCACCCUUGUCUUCUACAUCUCCUCAUUCUUCUAUCUUUAAACAUACUCUACAUCAGGGCGUCGAUGAAUUUCAAAGUCCGUUUUCGCGUGCGGACUCCGUUGCAACAGCCCAAGACCGUAACGCAGAGGAUAGAGUAUUCGAGUAUUGACGCCUACCCACCGUCUCUAGCAGCCUUUCCAGCUCAGUUGAACAUCCCGGUUCCUGUGCGGCCCCUACCCGAAGAGCGAACGGUUGUACCCGAGUCACCUAGUAUCACUAAUACGAAAGUGGAGCCCGCUCCUACAGCAGCACCAGGAGGUGCGUCAUCGUCGUCUUCCUCUAGAAUAGAACAAGAAGUGUCUACUUCACCAGUUGAAAGUGGCAUUGGUGAAGACCAGCACCAAGGAACUCAGCUACAGAAUAGUUCAGUAGGUGGUGAAAAUCGAAAUCCUACAGAUCAUGAUGAAAUUCUCCAGCACCAGCCAACUACUACUACAACAGAGGCCACUUCCUCUUCACAACCUCCUGUGGAGCUUCCAACCUACCCCUUGCCCCCUCUCUCCGCCGAAGAGUUCGACACUCUCGCAGCUUCUCGACCCGGCUUUUCUCACGAGUGGUGCAAUACAGUCGAAGGAUUGGGACAUUUGAUUACUCACCUUGAAACAGUAACGCGGCCAGGACAAGGCGACAGUAACAGUAACCCCACAGUAGCUGCCAUGAAAAGCAAGACUCUGGGAGAAGCUCGAAGCAAGAAAGCUCGUCUAGAGGAAGCAAUAGGAGGAGGUGAAAUCGAUUUUGACGCCUAUGUCGCACAAGUCCGUCAAGACUCGCAGAUGGACGCACGCUUGGCACUCUUCUAUAGAACCAAAGGUAGCAUGGACGACUGCAGAUUGGCGUAUGGAAGACAUAAAGUUCUGAAGGAGAGUCUAGAAAGCUUGCCUUCUCCGGAAGAUGAAGCGACCGGAGAAGCGACGGAAGAACCUGCAGCGACGAACGCAUCAUCUCAAGGAGCUGCACCGUUGACUACUGGAGAAGGAGCGGCUACAACUGGUGGUGGGGUCGUGUAGCUGUACUUCUAGUUGGCAGACAGAGUGCAGAGUUCCUCGCACAAUAAAUUAUAGUUGACGACGUUGAGGUUGAAGACAUCCCUCUCGGGCAGUUCCCCCUACUCUCCAAAGCCCUGCAAAUGACUUCUGUUGUUUGCUAUGUUGAUAACCUGUUGAUGCUCUUCAACAGUUACCUUUACAACGCCCACAGACACUGUCAAUCCUAUGAACACCCGUACAUUAAGUUUUUACGAGGUUCCCGAUGCGCCUACGCCUACUUGAUUGUCCAAGCAUUACAUAUUUAUAUGCCUAUGCUGUGAUUUCUCAGCGACCACAAGCAACGGCAGGAC